AUGGAGCAGUUGAAGCGUCGGGCGUCGGCGGGGAAAGGCGGCGGGCGCCACGUCGGCGAGUCCCCUCCCGCGGCCCUCGCCCUCCGCUCUUCAGCUCUCCCUGGCCCGUGGCUCAGUCCGCCGCGCGGCGUCAGUCUGACCGAGUGUGUUGCGCAUCCUCGCGAUACCGAAGUGCCCGACCUCUGGAUCGGACCGUUUGCGACAUUCGACAACCCCGCCCCGUGCUUUUCCCCGAGUUGCAUUUCGAUUAGUGCGAAGAGUGCAUUCGCUGCCCGCGAUCGGCGACUCCUCCCGCCUUUAUUUAUGUUGUCGUUGUGGUGUGGUGAAUAUUUGUGCUGUACGGACGAGUACCGGAUUAUCUGUGCGCUCGAGUUUGUGGAUAUUACAAACGACCUGUGGUUUUUCCGCGAAGGUAAGUGA